CAAGACAGCAAGCUACGAAAUUCGUGCAAAUCCUAGUAACCGACGAUGACAUGAAUUUGGACAGCUUUCUAACCCCAGCUGGUGUUUCACUUCUCGAAGAAAAUUUCUCACGUGUCAAAUGGAUCCGAUAAAAUUUCUAAAGCACUCGUGGCAAAUGUUUGUGGCCCAGGAAGAGGUCGGCCCUUGGGAGCACAUUUGGCGUAGAAUUCGAUUCUUUUUCGACACAGAUGAAAAUUUCCGGUUCGAAACAUUGAUGUAUGGUGCCACGCUUGUCAUUAUUGCCUUGAUGGGAAUUGUUCUCUCAUGGGAAUGUGUGAGAAGAUAUCGAAGGCGGAAUAACAUCGAUCCCCAAACAGCUGCGGAAGUGCUAGUGCAACUUAAGAGCAAUCGCGAAAACCUUAAGGAAAUUGUCAAUCUUCUUGCGCGCCGUAGUGAAAAUUUUCAAUCCUCUCCGCCUGUCAGACCAUCAGAAGUACCCGAGCUCAUGUUGGAACAGCAGGAAGUUGACGGUCAAGCUGUGGAUGGCCCUGCUCAAUGUAAGAUUCCAGUGAACAAGAAGCUCAACCUAACGCCAGGGAGAAAGUGGGCACCGAAGAAGGUUCGCUCCACGCCCAAUUAAUACGAAUUUGUCAGUGGCAGUUUCUGUAAGUGUUGAUAGAGUGCGGAAGCAGAAAUUACUCUACUUACGUAUUUAACCUAUAUUUUCUUUCUCAAAUUACAUUAUAAAUUAACAUAGAAAA